AUGAACCCCACUGAUGGAAGCACCACUCCCACUGAUGGCAGCACCACUCCCACUGAUGGCAGCACCACUCCCACUGACGGGAGCACCACUCCCACUGAUGGUAGCACCACUCCCACUGAUGGCAGCACCACUCCCACUGAUGGCAGCACCUCUCCUACUGAUGGCAGCACCUCUCCUACUGAUGGAAGCACCUCUCCGUCGACUGGAGGCAGCACCUCUCCCUCUACAGGCGAUAGCACGAGCCCUUCGGCAGGAUCCACCGACAACUCCCCCGCCACCGGAAGUGACGACAGCAGCAGCAACAGUGGCAGCAGCAACAGCGGCAAUGGCAACAGGAACAGGAACCGCCGGAAUCGUCGCCAGCGUCGUCGCCGUGCCCAGCGAGCUCAGCGCAGGAAGAACCGCAGGAACCGCAGGAACAACAGGAACAACAGGACCAACAGGAACGGCUAA